UCUACAGAAAUUCAGAUAGAAAAUCGUUUUCAUAUUUUGCGCGAUACAAGACAACACAACUGCGUGCGAUGUGCGAGUGACGAUGGAACUUUAAUAAAUUACAGCCAGACUUUCUCCUGGUGAUUGAAUAAGUGUUUUUUAAACUGCAGUGUUAUCUUUCGAGUUUAAUAAAUCUGGUUCACUAACGAUUCAACAAACAAGAUGUCUCCGGAGUGGGACACCUUGCCGCUUCUUCCGCUGAGGUGCAUCCUGGAGCACCUCAGUCUGGAGGAUGCCAUGGCGGCGAUGUCCACCUGCCGGCAGUGGCGCAGCGCGAUAUUACUGUACGAGGGACGCAAAGAGAAAUUAGUACUAAGAGCAAAACAACUAGAGAAGAGCAUGCAUCUAGCGCGAGUGUUCAGGAAACACACACGGAUACUCCACAUGUACUUGGACUGCAGCGCAGAAGAUACGGAUGAGUUCAUGAGCUACGUGCUGCCACAAUUCUUUGAUUCAGCGAAACUUCGCGAAAUAAUAUUCAUAGGACCAAGUUAUAUACAACAGACACAUUUAAUGCCAGUUAUUAAGAUAAAGCGCAUAAUGACAGAGAGUUUGAUCUACAAACACUUGCACUGCCUGGAAAGAUUCGGGAUGCUCGGCUGCGAAAUGGGCAUUGCGAAGGUCGACAGCGAAAAGAUCACACACAAGCACCUGGAGCACUACUCCCGGCCGCUGUCCUUCAGCCACGAGGCGGCGCCCUCCGACACGGUGCUGUCGCGCUGCAACACCGGCUUGAUGGUGUUCUCGGCGCUGCAGGUGAGUGGAUAGAGUCUCUCUCUCUCUCCU